GAGUAGGAAAGAGUAAUCCCUAGCCAGUCAUCUAUAUACAUACUCUCUACAACCUUCCUCGGUUCAUCAUCAUCAUCAUCUUCAUCUAUCGUUCUUUAUAGUCCUCCUUCUCUCUCGCUAAAUCCCACAAUUUUCUGUUUCCCAAUAUUACCCUUCUUCUUUUUCUUAUCCCCAAAAAUGGCCGAUACCGGAGUAGUCACCGUCUACGGCAAUGGCGCAAUAUACGAAACCGCCAAGAAAUCCCCAUUCUCCGUCAAGGUCGGCAUGGCCCAGAUGCUACGCGGCGGAGUUAUCAUGGACGUCGUCAACGCCGAGCAAGCUCGCAUCGCCGAGGAGGCCGGUGCGUGUGCCGUAAUGGCCCUCGAGCGCGUUCCUGCUGAUAUCCGAGCUCAAGGUGGUGUGGCCCGAAUGAGCGACCCGCAACUCAUCAAGGAGAUCAAGCAGGCCGUCACAAUCCCCGUCAUGGCCAAGGCCCGAAUCGGCCACUUCGUCGAGGCCCAAAUCCUCGAAGCCAUCGGAAUCGAUUACGUCGACGAGAGCGAGGUCCUCACCGUCGCCGACGAGGAGAACCACAUCAACAAGCACAACUUCCGGAUCCCGUUCGUCUGCGGUUGCCGGAAUCUCGGUGAGGCUCUCCGCCGGAUUCGCGAGGGCGCCGCCAUGAUCCGUACCAAAGGGGAAGCCGGCACGGGGAACGUCGUCGAGGCGGUGAGGCACGUGAGGUCGGUGAUGGGCGACAUUAGGGUUCUGAGGAAUAUGGACGACGACGAGGUCUUCACCUUCGCGAAGAAGAUUGCUGCGCCGUACGAUCUGGUUAUGCAGACCAAACAGCUGGGGAGGCUGCCGGUGGUGCAUUUCGCCGCCGGCGGGGUCGCGACCCCCGCGGAUGCGGCGCUGAUGAUGCAGUUGGGUUGCGACGGCGUGUUCGUGGGCUCCGGUGUUUUCAAGAGCGGCGACCCGGCGAGGCGGGCGAGGGCGAUCGUUCAGGCCGUGACGCAUUACAGUGACCCGGAUGUUCUUGCGGACGUGAGCUGUGGAUUGGGCGAGGCCAUGGUGGGGAUCAACCUGAAUGAUAGCAAGGUCGAGAGGUUUGCGAAUCGGUCAGAGUAGAAAAGCAUAAGGAGGCAAAAAAGAGCAAAAGGGUUCGAGUCUUUUGGCGUGUAAGUGAGGCCCAAAGGCCAAAGGUCCUCUCUUUUUAGAAGAAUAUUUUUAUAUGAAUAUUGCCAUAUAAUACAGAUAUGAUUGUAGUAUUUUUUUUGCUUCAUAAGCUUAUCUUUUUUGUUUUGUUUUUUUUUUUUUUUUUUUUUUUUUUUUUUGGUUAGCUCUUUCUAAAGUAUGCUGUUGUUUGUUUUGCAUUAAUUUAUGUCUUUCCCAUAAGCGCAGAAAAAAUAAUAUAUUUAUUAGAAUAAAUAAUCUUUCUUUUUCUGUAA